AGCCCCAAUCGCACCUCGCAGUUUUCUCUCCCGGCACCGUGAGAGGUAUUCGCCGCCACGAGCGUCCAAAUCAGGGGUUUCGGCGUUUCGCGAACAAAGAUGUUGGAGGAGCUGCUCAUCUUCACCCGCGGCGGCCUGAUCCUGUGGUCGCUGGCCGGCGGCGACGUGCUCAAGGGAUCACCGAUCGAUGCCCUCGUGAGGUCCAUCCUCCUCGAGGGCCGCUCCGCCGGCGGCGGCGCCGGCUUCUCCCACGGCCAGCACAAGCUCCAGUGGGCCUUCCACAACGCGCUCGGCCUCGCCUUCGUCGCGGUCUACCGCCGGGUGCUCCACCUCCUGUACGUGGACGACCUCCUGGCCGCCGUCAGCGGCGAGUUCUCGCGGAUCUACGACCCGCGCCGCACCUCGUACGACGAGUUCGGGGAGAGGUUCCGGGAGCUCCAUCUCGAGGCCGAGGCGCGCGCUUCCCGUCCACCGCCGGCCGCCCCCGCCCCCAAGAAGCCUGCUCCAGGUACGCCUGUUGGCUUUCUCCAGGGUGAUGAUGAUGGUGGUGAGAAAACGGGUGAUGCUUCUGGAGUGGGUGACUCCGGUGAUGGGCUCAGUUCGGCAGAGGGUAGAUUCAGUGGUGUUGAGCAGAAUUCUAGUGCCGGCAGUGGCGUUGUUUUGGAAGAAGAGGAAGUUAAGGGACGACCCAGCAAUUGGGCUUUUAAUUUAGAUGUAUUGCGAAAUAGGGAUAGAAAACGGAAUAAAAAUAUAGUCAAGUUUGUUAAACCUGGCCGCAAGGAAAAGGAUGACACACCUUCCGUCAAGAAAUUGGAUUACAGUGAUCCAGCUGAUGGGAGAGAGGUUAGCGUGAUGGAACAGGCUGCUGCCAACCAGGGGCCAAGCAAGAUGGAUAAGCCUGAAGCUGCAAGCAUCAGAAAGAACGGUUGGUUCUCCUCAGUGUUUCAGAGCAUUGCUGGUAGCCAUGUACUGGAGGAUUCUGAUCUGCAACCUGCGCUCAAAGCUCUGAAAGACCAGCUUAUGACCAAGAAUGUGGCAGAGGAAAUUGCAGAGAAGCUCUGUGAAUCAGUUGCAGCUAGCCUCCGAGGCAAGAAGCUCGGAUCCUUCACACGGAUAUCAUCUACUGUUCAAGCAGCUAUGGAGGAUGCUCUCGUUCGAAUUUUGACCCCGAGGCGAUCUAUUGACGUGCUGAGAGAUGUGCAUGCUGCCAAGGAGCGUGGCAGGCCAUAUGUCAUCGUCUUUGUUGGGGUGAAUGGGGUUGGCAAAUCCACCAACCUCGCAAAGGUUGCUUAUUGGCUUCUUCAGCAUGACCUCACUGUCAUGCUGGCAGCAUGCGACGCGUUUAGAUCUGGUGCUGUUGAGCAGCUGUGCACUCAUGCUUGCAGACUUCAGAUUCCCAUAUUUGAGAAAGGAUACGAAAAGGAUCCAGCGGUUGUGGCGAAGGGUGCAAUUCAGGAAGCCACUCAGAAUAAAUCAGAUGUCGUCCUUGUUGAUACCGCUGGGCGUAUGCAGGACAAUGAGCCACUCAUGAGAGCACUCUCGAAGCUCAUUAAUCUCAAUAACCCGGAUCUGGUUUUAUUUGUCGGAGAAGCGCUGGUGGGCAAUGAUGCUGUUGACCAACUCACUAAGUUUGACCAGAAGUUGACAGACCUUUCCACUGCUCCCACUGAUAGGUCGAUAGAUGGCAUCCUGCUCACCAAGUUUGACACCAUUGAUGACAAGGUUGGAGCAGCGCUUUCCAUGGUAUAUGUAUCUGGAGCACCUGUCAUGUUUGUUGGCUGCGGUCAGUCUUACACUGACCUCAAGAAGCUCAACAUAAAGUCCAUUGUCAAUACCCUCCUGGAGUGAAUGCUUUGUGCUGCAACACCAGAUCUCAAUUGUUUAUCUUGAGGCUCAAAAGUUACAAACCAUCGCUACCGAUUGAAAACUUUAAUCUCCCUUUUUCCGUCCAUGUAAGAUUUUGACACCGAUAACAUGUGAAUAAAUGAAUGUGUUUGGAUAUUCAGUUUACGAAAAUAUAUUCAUGUCUUCAUUGAA